CUUCACGCGUCUCACUGCGGUCUGUUUUGAGCUGUUUAGCGUGGUGCUGCGGAUUUAUUCUCUGUCUUUUUAAUUAAACACAUAAUAAUAAUUGGAUAUUUUUGUAUCAUCUCACUUUACACGUGUCCAAUCGCACGGGGGAUCUGAUCUCGGUGAAGAUGAACAGAGCGGCGUUCCCCUCUCCCACUGCAGAGAUUGCAGAGAUGAACCGCAUCCACUAUGAUCUGGAGUACACAGAGGGCAUCAGUCAGAGAAUGCGUAUUCCCGAACAGCUCAAAGUGGCUCCGUUCAGCUCAGGGGAGCAAGAACACGAGCAGGAGGCCCUCCACACGGCAAUGAUGCAGGUCCCUGACAGAAUCGUAGUGGCAGGAGACAGUGAUGAUUCCCAGUUCUCUCAGCCUAGAGAUCUGGACCUCAUCCAAUCCACCCCAAAAGCGGCAACACUGUCUCUCAAGACACCACCUCGGGUCCUUACUCUUAACGAACGUCCCCUCGACUUCCUAGAAAUGGAACAGUCAAGCUCCACCAGCCAGAACAGUGAAGAACUUUCUUUCACACAGGUGUGCACACAAAGCAAGGCACGUAGAGAACGCUCAGUCAGCGAGAACAUAGGUGUGCAUCACAAUGGGCAGCUGGCCAGAAACGACUCCAUUAUGACUUCCUCCCCUCCUGCUCCAUUGCACACUAUGGCCCCUCUCGGUGGUGCCGAGGACGGUUUUAACCUCUUCAAUGCCCACAGUGUCCUUUCCUUCAUCCAGUCAACCACACGCCGGGCCUACCAGCAGGUCCUGGAGGUCCUCGAUGAGAACCAGCGCAGCAAGCCAUCUCUGAGAGGGGGUUCAACUCUCUCUAACCCCCAGCAUGACAACAGGUAUGCGCUGGCCACACUGGACUCAACUCUAGAGGGAGGGCCAGAUGACAUGGCUGUAGUGGACGCCACUUCUCUACGCAGACAGAUUGUCAAGCUGAACCGGCGUUUACAGCUCUUGGAAGAGGAGAACAAAGAGAGAGCCAAGCGAGAAAUGAUCAUGUAUUCCAUCACUGUAGCUUUCUGGCUUAUUAACAGCUGGGUUUGGUUCCGUCGCUAAAACAGCGGAGACUCUGGAUGUGGGAGGGGCAACUCAUAUCCCCGCCCCCUCUGUUCUACGUGUCAAACUUUAGCCAUAUUUUCUCAUGGCUAACAUGUUUUGUUUUCAUCACAGCAAGACUGGUAAAGUCAGGGAUAGCUUUUCUGUUUGGGUUUGUCUGUCUAUUUCGAUUUUAUUGUAAACAUGUAUGUAAAUUAAUUUUUUGUUUGUACAUUUGUGCUUUUUUUCUGGUUUUGUAUGUUUUUAAGGACUUUAUGUUUGCAAGCCAAGCAUGACCCAGAUGUAUAUAUUUUCCUCACGUGUCUUUCAGCUUUGGCUAUGAUCACCGAUUUAGAUUUUGAGGUUAUAACUAUUCAAAUUAGUAUGAUACUACAUCUCUUUUAGAAAGACCAAUGGAACGUGGCACACUGAUAUAUCCUAGACAAAGAAAAUUCAUAUAAUAUUAAGUAAUAUUAUUUAUGGACUGUUGUGACAUAAAGGUACAUCAUGUAUAGUAUAAAACCAUCCAUUGCUGUUCAUGUAUUUAAGUAACAGUGUUACUUUUCAUUGACAUUCAAACCAUACGUCUGUGUGUAAUUUAGGUAUGUACAUCAUCUAUGGAAAACAGUUCAACAAUGUAAUAUGUUAACUGUUAGCUAUGAAAUUUCUGCUACAUCCCUUCCUAUGUUCAUUUUGGAUAUUACGGAAAUGAUACUGCUUUAGACAGUUUUCUUUGCACAGAGCCAUAAAUAUUCUAUUGCAAAGGCUUUUAUUUGAAUAAAUGACAACAAAAGUGAACUACA